UUCAUUUCAUAUUUCGAAUAUGGCUAGCAAAGUGGUCAGUAAAAAAUGGAUAAGCGAGGAGUCCAGUGACGAAGAGGAACUAUUUAGCCAUUGCCGGGAAAUGGAGGUGGUUUGUUAUGCCAUAACAAAAGUGAUAUUAGACGCAGACAACAAAUGGAAAGGCUCUACUGGCAAAACUAGUGUGUAUUCUCUGUCGAAUAGGAGUUAUAUCAUGGAAUUGGUUAAUAUACAGGUUCUAGAUCAAAUAAUAGAAUACUUGUCGAAAAUUGUGAAAUCUUUCUACAAGCUCAAUCCCCGUUUGGCCCGGCUCAAGAAGGUGAAUGCCCUGGUUCAGAGCAAGCACGACCACAUCUUUGCCCGACUUUGCAGUGUUAGGUUCGUGAUGCUGCAAGCCAUGCACGGUCUGAUUACGACUAUAUUGAACACCUGUUUGCAUAGGGAUGACUCAAGGAAGAUGAUUGAAUCUUGUUUGAGUUUAGUGGGCAUUUACAACCACCUACUAGGGUUGAGCUCGAAAGCUUUCGUGAACAAGUUCAGUGUGUGCAGCAACGCGUACCCCAGCACCAUCAGUGAGACCAAGACUGUCACCCUCACUAAAAUUGUCCAGAUUCUAGCCAAGAGCCGGUGUGAAGUGAACUGCCACCGUUUGAUAAACUGCCUCGUGAAGGUGUACAAGCCUGGAAACAGUUCUGACGCGGAUUCCAGCGCCAGCACAGCAGAAAGUCUAGAAAUUUAUCACACACUGACGAAACACAUAACCCCGCCAACGUCGACCCUUUCUCGGGAACUGACGGUAGAGAAGCGUCGUGAAGCAUUUGUUGAGCACAAGAAGGCUAAAAUGAAGCAAGCGCAGAGCUUGGUAGAAGCGAAGAACGAACAGAAUAGAAGAUUGAGCGAAGUUAUAAACGGACAGAAUUCCGACUGUGACGUCGCGUACACAUCGCUUUUGAAUAAUGAAUGCGUUUUGGACGCGGUCUUCAAUACUGAAGAGAACGUGAACGCUAUUCUUCAGAGCGAAGAGAAAUAUAUAGAAAUUCUUCUUGAUACAGUAGCAAAUAUGUCACCAAAUCUGUUAGGAACGAAUGGUGUUCGGAAACUGAAAUCAGGUCGAAUCCAGGCAAGCAAGAAAGCGGCUCACAAAGUGACGGAGUAUUAUCAGAACAUAUUGUGGGGGGACGUGGGAAGCUGUCUGGAACAUAUCGUGCUUUGGUGGUCUUCCUUUCCUUUGGCUACCAGAUCGCCGAAUACGAGUCAGAAUCUUCGAGAAUGGCUUUUUGGAACGUUUAGUGUUAAUAAUACGCCCGAGUUAGUUUUGUCAGCACUUAGAAUAUUGGCCGAUGCCUUAGGCUGUCAUGUGACUUCUACAUCGUGGGACAAACUUUUCGGUUCAAUAUUGACCACCAACUUGAAGCCGACUUCGCUGAAAAUGCAUCCUGACCUUUCCCUUUACGUGACUGAAAGUACAUCGUCCGGCGCUAACUUCGCGCUGAUGCUGCAACAACUGGUGACCUUGAACAACCAGUGCGAGGUCACGUGGGACUUCAUACUCGGAGCGCCCAUUGAGGACCUGCCCAUUGUGGAACAGAUCCCGAUAUUGCAUAGACUCGACCACUCGAUCCACACGUACCGUCUCUGGUGCCUGGCGGAGACGCGCCGCCUGGCGAACCUGUGGGACAUGGACGAUUUCUUUCGCGUCGCCCACAACGACAUGCAGCUCUGCAUGGAACAGCUCGCCAAUCUGCGGUUCGCUGACCACAGUGUCGCCAUUGACGCUGGUCAUAUCGGUGUCCACGAAAAUGUUUGCGCCAAAAUGAGAGAAAAGCUAGUAUCUGAAGUUAAGGUGAACAUUCAAAAACUGAAGGAGGCCACGGAAGACAUAGUGCGCGUGUUGUCAAGCGUGUGCGCCACCACCAGCCUGGCGCACCUCACGAUGAUCUUCCCGAGCGGCGCCCUCUGGCGGCGGGUCUCCGCUCCUCCGCAGCCUCGCCACUCUCUAUACGUCCACGAGUUCCUAGACAAGAUGUUGCUACCCGUGAUAAAAGCGACAGAAGACAUCACAACGCUGAACAUGGUACUCAGGAUCAUGUGCGAAUCCUGGUUGCAUCAUAUAUACGUGGCCAAAGUUAAAUUUAGUAAAGACGCGGCGCUGCAAUUACUGGCGGAUUUCAAUGAAGUUCGGAUAUGGCUGAACGACUGCAAGCAACUGACCGCCGCGGCUAGGAAGCAGAUGUUGCAGAAUGAGGUUUUGAGACGUUGCGAGGGCGUGGGUCGGCUACUUCUUCACGCGCCCGGAGAUUUACUCGCGAUGCAGGACUCCACCAUGCAGGCUAGUCUACACGUCAGGAAAGAAGAAGACGAGUCCCCCGAGCAGCUGAUGCCGGCGGAGAUGUACGUGCCCAACCAGAAGCAGUGGCUGAGCCUCCGCGCCAACCUGCGGGGGCCGCUCGUCUUCACGAUGUGUUGCUUGCUUACACUUUGAACUUCGUUUUAUUUUUUAUAUGGAGCUUGUAAAAGGUGAAUAAAGGAAUAGGAGCUCAAUCGUCUAAUGUAAGAUGCGAAGCUGGUCUGGUAACGAAGAAAAUACAGUGUGCCAGUGUCCCAUGGAUCUUGGAAAUGUCAAUGUGUUUUUGAGAAUUCGGAAUAAUUAUUAUGGAAAUAAAUAAUACUUUUAUUGUCAUUUCUGAUGAUGUGAAAAAAAGAGAUGAUAGGAGGACCUACCCGUAAUAGUCGAAAAUGUAGUAGUAGUAGUGAGUGGAGAAAGUUGAGAGAAAUAUGUGAAGAUCUUCAAGUCUAAUAUGGCUAUUGUUUAUAACAUUGUGAUUUCUAUGGUUACAACACAAAUGUAUAAGAAUGAAAGUCGGGUGUGAAUCAUUAUCUCUUUAUGAUAUUGCUCUAUAAUACAUAAUACCUAUACAAAUAAAGAACUAUUUACACAUGUACUA